CACGCUCCCUUCUAUCGAUUGAAAGCGACGGUCGACGGGAAAUCGUGCGCAUUGUUGUUUUGUUCACCCACUUCGUCGCGUCGCUUUAACAAAAUUGUUAAAUAUCGUUAACAAAAACGCUUCGCACGCACAGUAGCCGGUCGAUUGCGAACUUAGACGUGCUUAAUUACGUUUCAAAACAAAGCUUGCUCGGUUGAAAUUGUAAAUAAACAAGAAGGUUUAAGAACUAAAUCUUUUUUUUUUUUUUGGUAAGAAAGCCAGUAACAAACAAAAUCACAAACACCAACGAAAGAGUGUGUGGGUGUAAUAUUAAGAAAAAAUAUCAAGAAAUUUAAGAAGAAAUCAUCUACAAACGCACAAAUACAUAGAUACAUAUAGAAAAAGGAGCGCGCGGUAAAAAAAAAAGAGCAGCAUAAGAAAAAGAAGAAGAAAAACGCCGACUGCGAAAACGGCGACAAAGUGAAAUUGAUAAUAAACGCAUCAUAAUUUAUUUAAAAUAAUAACCAAUCAACGGCGGCAGUUAUAAAUAAUUAAGAAAGUUAAGAAGAAAAGCGAGCAAACACACAUACACAGCAAAAAUGGCAACACUAAACAAAUUCACAAAAACGCUGUCCAUUGAUGAAAAGACCGAGAUCAAGGAGAAAUUCAUAGAGUUGGAUGCCAACAAGGAUGGCUUCAUCGACCUGCACGAGCUGAAGGAUGCGCUCAACCAGGUCGGAUUCAAGCUGGCCGGCUACCAGGUCCGCGAGAUGAUCGAUGAGUACAAGAGCAAACAGCGGACCGCCUUCCAGGGCAAGCUGAAUCUGGAGGAGUUCGAGGCACUUUGCCUGGACCUGAAGAGCAAGGAUGUGGCCAGCACAUUCAAGACGGUCGUCUCCAAGAAGGAGAAUCUGGAGACUCUUGGCGGUAUGUCGAGCAUCUCGUCGGAGGGCACCACCCAUUCUGUGCGCCUCGAGGAGCAGCUGGCUUUCUCCGACUGGAUCAACUCGAAUCUGGGCCAUGACAAGGAUCUGCAGCAUCUGCUGCCUAUCGACAGCGAGGGCAAGCGUCUGUAUCUGAGCAUCAAGGAUGGUAUUCUGCUGUGCAAAAUUAUCAACCACUCUUGCCCGGACACAAUCGACGAGCGGGCGAUCAACAAGAAGAACCUCACCGUCUACCGGGAGUUCGAGAACUUGACCCUGGCCCUGGUUUCCUCCCAGGCAAUUGGCUGCAACAUUGUGAACAUCGAUGCCCACGAUCUGGCCAAGGGCAAGCCACAUCUUGUGCUGGGUCUCCUCUGGCAGAUCAUCCGCAUCGGUCUGUUCAGCCACAUCACCCUGGACAGCUGUCCGGGACUGGCUGGUCUUCUCUUCGACAACGAACGUCUGGAGGAUCUGAUGAAGAUGUCGCCGGAGGCCAUUCUCCUGCGUUGGGUUAACCAUCAUUUGGAGCGUGCCGGCAUCUCGAGGCGGUGCACCAACUUCCAGUCAGACAUCGUUGAUUCCGAGAUCUAUUCGCAUCUGCUGAAGCAGAUUGCCGGGAAUGAUGCUGAUGUCAAUUUGGAUGCUCUGCGGGAAUCUGAUCUGCAAUCGCGUGCGGAGAUCAUGUUGCAGCAGGCCGCCAAGCUUAACUGCCGCAGCUUCCUCACGCCACAGGAUGUCGUCAAUGGCGUCUACAAACUCAAUCUGGCCUUCGUUGCCAAUCUGUUCAACAACCACCCGGGAUUGGACAAGCCCGAGCAGAUCGAGGGACUCGAAUCCAUUGAGGAGACGCGUGAGGAGAAGACCUACCGCAACUGGAUGAACUCGAUGGGAGUGGCGCCGCAUGUGAACUGGCUGUACUCCGAUUUGGCCGAUGGUCUCGUCAUCUUCCAGCUGUUCGACGUCAUCAAGCCGGGCAUCGUCAACUGGAACCGCGUGCACAAGCGCUUCAGCCCGCUGCGCAAGUUUAUGGAAAAGCUGGAGAACUGCAAUUACGCCGUGGAUCUGGGCAAGCAGCUGAAAUUCUCGCUGGUCGGAAUCGCUGGCCAGGAUCUUAACGAUGGAAAUGCCACACUGACGUUGGCUCUCAUCUGGCAGCUGAUGCGCGCCUACACCCUGUCCAUUCUGUCCCGCUUGGCCAACACUGGCAACCCAAUCAUCGAGAAGGAGAUCGUCCAGUGGGUGAACAACCGACUGUCGGACGCUGGCAAGCAGUCGCAGCUGCGAAACUUCAACGACCCGGCCAUAGCCGAUGGCAAGAUCGUGAUUGAUCUGAUCGAUGCCAUCAAGGAGGGCAGCAUCAACUACGAGCUGGUGCGCACCAGCGGCACGCAGGAGGAUAACCUGGCCAAUGCCAAGUAUGCCAUCUCCAUGGCCCGUAAGAUUGGUGCCCGCGUCUACGCCCUGCCCGAGGACAUCACCGAGGUGAAGCCCAAGAUGGUGAUGACCGUCUUCGCCUGCAUGAUGGCCCUCGACUACGUUCCCAACAUGGACAGCGUGGACCAGAACAACCACAACAGCUCCGCCAACAACAGCAAUUAGGCGCCACGGCAGCCGCAACUCAAUUAUACAUAAACAAGAGGAUGGGAUUUUGAAAGGGGAAAGCAGAGGAAAACAGAAGAAAAUAGUGGGAAAUACGUAGACUUGUCGUAUUCGCUAAUUACUAAUUACUACUCUAUUCGAUUCGAUUGCGUUCCUUCCUUCGCGCUACCAAUACAUUUUUGUGUUUUUUUUUUAUAAUUUCGAUUACUUUUUGUAAUUUUUUUUUAUUAUAUAUUUAUAUAUUAUAUACUUGAGUACGAGUAUCAGUUUCCCCCCUAUUGUAAUUAAGCAAACAGAUUUUAGAGUGUCGCGCGCGCAUCUGUUUUCGAGCCCGGCGAGAGAGGUGUUUCUUUAUUAGUUUUGUUUAACGAUUGUGUAAUUAUACAACUUUAACCUUAUUUUAUAAAUAGAGGUUUUGCGUUUUCCGCUUUAGAUCCUUUCCUUAACACAAGGAAACAAAAGAAACAAACAAAAAGAAAGAGAGAAAUGAAUAGGCGACAAAGUUGAGCGUGCAAGAUUAAGAAAGAGAGAGAGGGAUAGAAGAGGAUUAUAAUAUUAAACAUUGCGACGAACACAAUGAAAACAAUUAACUUUGUAAUAUAUACAUAUAUAUUUAUAUACGAUUACGAUAUGCGCCUAUAUACAUAACAUAUAUUUACAUAAAUCGAUAUAUAUAUUUUUGCAUAAAUGCGUUAUGCGUUGCCUGAAGAAGGGGAGAUGAGUAACGAACGAAGAUCGGGACCGGGAAUAUAUCCAGAAACAAAAGAUAAUGAAAAACAAAACAACAAACAGAGUAAAGAGUAAAUAAUUUUGUAUUUAAUAUAUAUAUAUAUUUUUUUGCAAAUAAUUGUAAGCCGCUUUUGUUUAUGUUUUUUUCCAACGCGUGUGUUUGUUCUAUUUCUUUUUACAUAUUUGUAUAAUUUUGCGUUUAAGUGCGUUAGAGCGAGGUGGCAAUAGGCGGCGCCAACACGGCGUAGAAAGAGAGGGCAGCAACAAACAUUUUUAGUGCAAUGAGGCGACAUACAAAUCCAAGAGAAGAAACGAAAACGAAAUAAGAAAAAGAUGAAGUAAUACUAUAUGCAUAAUACAAGUAAAACAAUAAAGUAAAUCUAAAAAAAAAAGUACUAAAA